CUCUCCACUGAGUGUCCGCGGAGGCGAGAGGAGCUCCUACUGUGCAGUGUUGUACAGCUGGUGUAAUUAAGGUUCUAUACUUCAUGUUUAGACAUUAACAACUAGCUGCAUAAUACUGUCCAGUAGUCGGAAGCCUCCUUGUCAUAUCGUAUACUUUGUACCACACCAUAUUUGUUGGUUGUUUUUUAUUUUCAAGUUUUGCCGUUAAUCGUCAACAGUAUGUCACCCCCUCUUAAGGGAGAUCCACACGUGUACUUUCAAGUUUCCAACAGACAGUACUAUCACCAACCAUCCAGUGAAUUCUCUACUAUGAUCACCGACGAUAGCUGUAUAUGUUACUGUAGGAGCAGUCUGACCAGUAAGGUUAUGGUGAUGUUUCCAGAAAGUGUCUGUGUGAUACGUGUGUGUAUCUAGGGAUAUAUAUAUAUAUAUAUUGGAUACACACACAUCACAUAGUCCCUGAUAUAACUUGCCCUCUUUUAUAGAUAUUUCUUUUUACCCUGUCUCUUUUUUAUUCUUCUUUAUAAUAUAGCACAUCGGUACCUUCCUUUGCCGUCUUUUUUUUUUGUAGCAGUUUCUUCUUCCCCCGUCCCUCCCCUCCUUUUUUUUCUCCUUUCCAAACUUUCAAAAUCAGUUUGCAAUCUUAAUAUUUAACUAUACACUACUAUAUUUAUUUAUAUAUCUCAUGCGUAUAAGGUUUCAUGUUUUUUUUUUAAAUUUUAUACUGCAUAUUUUCCUGUUCUUGAUAAACGCAGUGUUUUGCUAAAUCGAAAUAAAUCAAUACCAACUACUGUUUAUAUGUAUUGGAGACUAGAUUUUUUUUUUCUAGCUCCGUAUUGUAUAUUUAUUUGUGUUGAAGAUUCAUUCAACCUUUCUGUAAAACCAAACAAAGCAUUUAUUAACAACAUUUCAUUUAUAUUUAUAAAUCGAUUUAGUAAACUAAUUACAUAUGUGUUUUUGCUUAAUUGUUCACUAUAUUAUAUAUACAUAGAGACCGAUGUGAUUUGAUUUCAUUUGUUUUAAGUCUAAUAAACCUAUUUCUAUUUAGUAAUUUUGUGAUGUUUAAACAGUUGCGUACAAUUGUUAGCCACAUGGUCUACAAAGGUUGUAAAUAAAAGUAUUGUGGUUAUUAGUGAAUGGGUAAAGUACAUUGAUUGUUCCCAAGGGAUCCACGUGUUGUCGGAAUCGUGUUUUAUGGCUUUUGUGUCUUGAUACACGUGAUUAGUUUAUUUGGAUAUCUCGUUAGAUUGUAAAAUAUCUUAGCUUUCCUUACACAUACUCUAGUUUAACUUUCUUCCUCACACAUAUUUUUACUUAGUUAUAUGUAGGGCGAGUUGAUUUUAUAUUUACAUACACCAAGUACAAAGACACUUUAGGUGUCAAAACUUGUUUUUCUUACAAUGACUACGUUAGUGUCAUUUUUACCCUUUCUUAGACGAUCUUAUCUUAUCACCAUGUCUAUGCUUUUAAUAUUAUUGAUUGGUGUAAUAGCUGGAAUCUCCCAGUCCACCGCUGGUCAGACUGCUCCUCAAAUGCCAUUCAUUGCUGUCUCCAAUGGAUUAUAUCUCGAUCCGGAGUUGUCAUCUUCCAAUGACCUUCAUUUAAAGCAUAACGUUCAACACAAGUCCAACAAAGUACCGGAUCUUUCUCAUCCAACAGAGAAACACCAACAAAAUUUCGAUGACUACAAGUUACCUUCACUUGUGUUCCAGCACAUCGUAUCACUGUUCAUCGUUUUGGCUGUUAUUUACCAAAUCAAUUGGGACACUCUGAAAUGGAGGAAAUCCAUCGUAAUCUCUCUGUUUUUGGCAGUUACAAUUCUGACUCUGCUUUCUUAUAUGCCUUACUUCAUCUCUUGGCCUGCAUUGACAUCUGCAAAUCUCGCUCCAGAUUUUGCUGCAAUUUUUGCUAUCAUGACUUUGAUUUUGGUCCCAUUGAUAGCUAAGCCAGGGCCCAUACAUCUGUUCAAACUGAUCUGCAUAUUACUACUUUCUGUUGGCCUCUACCAUAUUCUACGUUGCAAAGUCAGGCUCUUGUACUGCUUUCUACUCAACUGUUUUAUUUUUCCACUUGAUCCUUUACCAUUACUUGCUGCCUUCAAAGAUAUUCAUUUCAACACCAUUCCUGACUUCAUUGUAUUUGGAGAAUCCCUCUUAAUUGAUACAAUUUCCUUGAUUCUCUACCAUUUCAUGGGUAAUACAUACACUACAGUCCUGAGACCAAGCUCUUUAGGAAACAUUGUUGAGUGUCUGCUAGCUGUUGGUGUUGAAGGAACAGCUACUGGUCUUCUACUUAGCUGCUUAGCAUCCAUUGUUGGCAAUGUCUGCAGACCUUCAACUAUUUACUUCUUAGAAUUUGCAGUCAUUGCUGUUCUGGUUUGCCUCAUCUAUUUCAGUCUGCAACUGUUCCAACUGCCAGCAAUUUUAGGAGUAAUCUUCUGUGGAAUCAGCAUCAAACAGUAUGUUCAAGCUCAUCUAUCAAGAAGAUCACUUACCUCAUCCAAAGGAGCUGUCUCUUUGUCACUGAAGACUGUGUCUUGUGUUUGUGAGGCUCUGGUUCUAUUAUUUCUACUGUCAGUUGAUACACAGGCUCAUUGUUGGAACAGCAUUUUUGUGUUUUUCUGUCUGUUUCUCUGCAUCAACUACACUUCUCUUGGUGGAAUCACUUUUGUGUGGUGGCCAACUCGAGACACUAUCAUCAAACUGAGUAAAUUUGAACAGUUUAUUAUGUUCUACAGUAUACUCCGAGGUCUCUAUACUUUUGGGCUGGUUCUGUUUUUUAGCCAAACUGACUUAACUCAAUCACAGAUGAUGAUUCCUUCCAUCUUGACUUUUACAAUCUUUGUAACUUUUAUAUUGAGUUUGUCUUUUAAGCCCAUGUUAAACAGUAUUAAGAGACCUAAGUCAGAUAUCAUAUCAGUAGAAAAAAAUGAAAACCAUCUGAUGAAACUUGACACGUAUGUAGAACUCAUGUCUGGAAACCUCAUGGCAUAUUCAGAAUGUUGAAAAAAAAUCGAUAAU